UUGUAUGAUGUACAUAUGUUCAUGUAUUUCUUAAAUUACAAAUGCAUUAACUUUUUCCAACGUGAUGAGUAUUUGAGAUCGCCUUCAACAAAGAUUGGAGUCCAACAACAGAAUUUCCCUACGUCGUACAGGAGCUAUCACACCAACAUGAAAGACGCGCAAGCUGAAAAAAAUGUAAAUAAUACAUUGGUUAAACAUAACCAAAAUGUAACAUUUGUCCGGAGUAGUGGAAUCACUAAUGGAGCUGUUUUUCAUGAGGAUGUUAUUGAAAAUGAGUGGAACUUCCCUCCGAAGGUGCCAGCUCCGCACAUCUACCAUUGCAUUAAUCCAGACUUACUGGUGGGAAGUGAUAAGAACGGCUUCAAAGGACUCCGUAAGCAAUUUAGUGGGCGAUUUAAGCGCUUAGUUACUCGAAAAGUAGAGCACGGCCCAGUGAUACCCCCGGAAUUAAAGCCACAAUUAAAAACAAUUUACGUUUACUAAUUUUAGAAGAAUCACUAUUUGCGUAUAUACAAUAUGUAUGUAUAAAUGUACUUGUAUGUAUUUUUAUAUAUUGUAGAAAACUUUAGUGAUAAUAAAAGCAAGAUAAACUAAGCUACCAUGUUAA